AUGUAUUUUAGUUCGCUAUCUAAGUUAGCUUCGAUCUUCCAGAAUUCCUUCACCAACACAUCGAGACAUUUGAGGUCAAAGUUACACCAUUCGUCCAAUUUGAAGAUCUCUGGCCUUGACAACAAUAAGUGGACACGUUGUUUUAGCAUUAAAUCUCAAGAUGAGAGUGUUUGCCCCGUAGAAUUAUCGGAGUCAAUUGUCAGAAUAACUCCAUCUCUGGAAUCGGCAGAUGUAAGCAUUAUCAAAGUCCCACAGAUUGGAAAAAAUCUAAAGAAGUUCAAACUCCAUCAAUGGUUCAAGAAACCAGGGGAUUAUGUAAAGUCUGGUGAAAUUCUUUGCAUUAUAGAGACGGAAAAGAUUUUUGGAAAGGUCUACUCUCAACUUUCGGGUAUCGUAAUAGAAAACGUCUGCAAAGAGGUAUAG